GCCAAGCAUCUCCUUCCCGGGCUUCGGGGCCGCGGCUCCCCGAGCCAGGCUAGGCCCCUUUAAGAGCCAGCGCGCGCCCAGGUCCCGCGUGCGCUCACUUUCCCUAGCAACCGCCCCGGGGGAGGAGGAGGUCCUGGCAACGGCGCACCAGCCCGGAGGGUCACGUGACGGCCCGCAGCUGGAACGCGAGCGCGCGCCCUGCCGCGCGCCCGCCCGCCGAGCCUGAGCGCUGCGGCGCGUGCGCGAGCGGUGCAGCACCGGCCGCGGGAGCAGGGAGUAUUAUGGGCUGUGGGUGCCGCUGAGCAAGAUGGAGCUGUCUGCAGUGGGCGAGCGGGUCUUCGCGGCCGAAUCUAUCAUCAAACGGCGGAUCCGAAAGGGACGCAUCGAGUACCUGGUGAAAUGGAAGGGGUGGGCCAUCAAGUACAGCACUUGGGAGCCCGAAGAGAACAUCCUGGACUCGCGGCUCAUUGCAGCCUUCGAACAGAAGGAGCGGGAGCGUGAGCUGUAUGGGCCCAAGAAGAGGGGACCCAAACCCAAAACUUUCCUCCUGAAGGCGCGGGCCCAGGCCGAGGCCCUCCGCAUCAGCGACGUGCAUUUCUCCGUCAAGCCGAGCGCCAGCGCCUCCUCGCCCAAGCUGCAUUCCAGCGCUGCGGUGCACCGGCUCAAGAAGGACAUCCGCCGCUGCCAUCGCAUGUCCCGCCGCCCCCUGCCCCGCCCAGACCCCCAGGGGGGCAGCCCCGGCCUUCGCCCGCCCAUCUCCCCUUUCUCCGAGACGGUGCGCAUCAUCAAUCGCAAGGUCAAGCCGCGGGAGCCCAAGCGGAACCGCAUUAUCCUGAACCUGAAGGUGAUCGACAAGGGCCCAGGCGCAGGCGGCGCCGGGCAGGGGGCUGGGACUCUUGCCCGCCCCAAAGUCCCGUCCCGGAACCGCGUCAUCGGCAAGAGCAAGAAGUUCAGCGAGAGCAUCCUGCGCACGCAGGUCCGCCACAUGAAGUUCGGCACGUUCGCGCUGUACAACAAGCCCCCGCCCGGCCCUCUGCAGCCCCCGCCUCCCGGCAAGACCGACAUCGCCGCCUCCCCAGGCCAGGGGCUGCUCCUGGCGCCCCCCAGUGCCCCCUACGACGCGCGCAGCUCCAGCUCCUCCGACUGCCCCUCGCCCGUCCCGCACUCCUCCGAGCCGGAGGACGCGCCCCCCAAGCUACUCCCGGAGACCACGAGCCCGUCGGACCCCGACUGGCGGGAGCCCGAGGUUCUUGACCUGUCCCUCCCGCCCGAGGCGGCGGCCACCAGCAAGCGGGCGCCUCCCGAGGUCCCUGCAGCUGCCAGCCAGGCCCUUCCCACCGCCCCUGAGCCGGCCGGCGCCGCCUCCGAGCCCGAGGCGGGGGACUGGCGCCCUGAGAUGUCACCCUGCUCCAACGUGGUCGUCACCGACGUCACCAGCAACCUCCUCACGGUCACUAUCAAGGAAUUCUGCAACCCAGAGGAUUUCGAGAAGGUGGCUGCUGGAGUAGCAGGCGCCGCAGCGGGGGGUGGCAGCAGCGGGGCGAGCAAGUAAGGGGCGCUCCACCAAGGAGGGGGGGGCUGGGGGGCGCCCUCCUGCCCAAAGUCAUACUCUUGCUCCCGCCCCCCACACUCCCCGCCCUCAUACAACCCCGCCUGUGCUUUGCUUGUUUCAAAAGGCUCGGUGUUGACCCCGGGAUGGAGCUGGGUAGUUGGAGACCCUCUGAAGCCCAGUGGGAGGGGCAGGCCUGAAACGGGGUGGGGCUGGGGUGGGGGCGAGGGCAUCGGGAAGUCCUCCCUCUUACCUCUUGGCACCUUCCUUGCCCACGCACAGUGGGGCCUGCCGGGUGGCUCCUGGGGAGUUUCAGAACCUGGGGUUCAGCUGCCCUCCCCACAUCCCGCCCUGUCUCUCCCCAGCUUGCUUCCAGCUCUCGCGCACAGCAUCUGAUUUCUCGGUGCUAACCCCCGGCAGCUGCGGGGCUCCUUAGGGGACCCCCAUCCCAGCAUGGGCACCGUCCCUUUCCUUCCUCCAGAUAACCCGGGAAGGAGGGGCAGGGAUGGGGAAGCCAGGACAGAGGUGGAGAUGAAGGCGGCCGUGGCCCCUCUCCCCCCUUUCCCCUCUCCCGUGCGAGGGCGGCAGGAGCUGGGCCCACGUUUGGACCACCCAAGUGGGCCCCACCCACCCAUCUCUUUCCUAAUUUCUCUCUUGAAGGUGGGAGGGGCUGGCACGAACCUCGCCUGCCAUGGCCUCCGGGCAUCUAAAGGUCCCUCAGUUUCAACCAAAGGUGCUACAAGAACCUGCUGCGCGGACUUCCGGCUGCGCAUGCGCCUGCCGCCCCAGGCGCGUCCGCGUGUAUCCGUAUUUGCGUAGGGUCCCGGACCUUCCCUGGCCAUCAGCCGGGCCUGGGACCUGAUCCAGGUCCGAGGAGUUUGCUGCGGAGGCCUAGCUUCCCGGCGCGCGUGUGCAGGGGCGGGGCGCCCGACCCCCGCCUUUGUCCUUUGGGGUGGUCGGACCUGGCAUAAUGGGGACUGAGGCCGAGGGGAGACAGGCCCCUGUCCCAAGCUGCUGCUUCCUUUUGGCUGCGGGGAGUUGGAAGCCUGGACACCGUUCUUAGGGUCUCCGGCUUCUCCCCUCCCCGCCCCCUCUCUUGCUUGUGAUCGCCCAGGCUCUGUCACAGCCCAGCCUUCUCCAAGCAGCAGGAGGCCUCCACUGCUCUAGGCAGCUUCCUUUGCUGCUGCGGCCUGGGAACAUGAGUUGUCCAUACCAGUGGCAGAGACCAAAACCCCGGUUUUAGGCCGCGUGCUGGGAGGGCAGACUGGCCAAAGCGGGGGAUAGACGAGGGGGCCCGGUGUCCUUCAGGAGAACGGGCAUGUGCAGGACCCGGGGUCUGGGGCGCAGGGAAUGCAACCCCGCUGGCCAGCCCUGGGGCACUACCUGGGUGGUUUGCAACGAGUGGGAGUCCUUACUGGUGGCUCGAGGUGGCUUCCUGGUGUAUCAGCUUAGAACCAGUGAUGUCAGAAGGAGGACGCAGAAAGGGAAUUCCGGGUGGUUAACAAACACCUUGGCCCUAAGCAUGGGGAGGACUCUGUCUUCCGACUCUCCCUGCCAGAUUGUGGCAGGGUCCUCCGACCCUCCCCGAAACAUUGAUAGAACUAGGGUGGUCACAGGGUUCGGGUGUCUGGAGCUCCUGACCCCUCCCCAUCCUGCCCUUCUGUUGGCUCCGUGGCCGUCCAAGUGCCAAUUGGCUUCGCCCCAAAUAAGGGCUGGUAUUUCUCCUCUGUCCUUAGAGGGGAUUCCCUCCCCCUUCCACACACACACACCGACCCCCACACCAGGUGCGUGUCCACCUGGGUGCCAGUUACAGGUGUUUCCAGAGACCAUAGAAAUGUGUUUUCCUGAGAGUCCGUGUCAUUCGUGACCUUUUUUGUAAAGAAGUUGUGUUUUCAGAGGUGAUUUUAUGACAGGAAAGUGAAAGAAUUAGUUUUGCAAAAAACAGAAAAAAAGAAAAAAAAAAUGGGGGGGAGAAAUAGAAAAAAAUAUUGUGGGAUUCCUAGGGGUUGGGGAGGGUGGGGAGAAAGAUAUUUAAAGAAAAACUAGUAACGCAGCGAUUGCACAGCUGAGGCGGCAAUGUAAGGAACGUGGACAGAGGCCUAGGCCCAGUUGGGAGGGCGCCCCCACCCCGGCAACAGCCCCCCUUCCUUGGCCCGAGACAAGUUAAGCCCUCCCUCCUGUGCUCUGCCCAGGUUCCACUCUUGUCCCAGCUCAGACAGAAGGAUGACCCCUGUUCCCAAAGGAACUUGCCAGAAGCUUCAGGGGCCAGGCAGGUAGAGCUGAGAUUGGGGGAGGCAGGGGUCAGCAGGGGUUCCACUGUUCCUGGGACCCAGCAUUGGUGACUCUCCAGGAAGGCUGGUGAGGGGGUACAAUUGGGUUCCUUGCCCCCCUUCAUUCCUUUGCCAGCCUGUUGGUCCUUCUGGUUCCUCCACCGCCACCCCAUGGGGGCAUCUCCCUCCCCAUUGCCCCAAUGACCAUGAUACCCCCAAGCUUCCCUGGCCAGGUAGGGAUUGCUGCAGGUGUCAGGAAGACAGGAGCUGUGGACUCUGGGAGAGCCUUCGGUGGUGAUCAUGGUGGGUUGGGGGUAACCCUAGGGAGAGGGUGUGUCCGCCCCUGUCUCUUUCCACAGGUGAGUCGCUGCCCUUGACCCCCAGCUGUGCAGCCCUGCCCCAGCAGAGGCACGCAUGCGCAUGGCUGUCUCCCAGGCAGGCAGCUCCCCUGGGGGCCCAAGUGGGCACCGGGUCAAGAGCAAGCGGAGCCCUCCUUACCUCUCUCCCAGAGUGGCUCUGAGCCGGGCCCAGUAGCCCCCACCACACUUGCACAGACCAGCCUCCCGUGGGCCCUCCCUCCCCUGCUGCUGCUUUUCCGUUUGCCUAAUUACCAAGCAGAAGUUGCAGUUUGGUUGGCUUUAUUUUUUGUAUAUGAAAGACCCCUCAAGACCCGGUCUUCUUCCUUGUUCAAUAUUGGUUGGGGUCAUCUCCCCUUAAUGCCACCCUCUCCUCGCCCCCAUGUCAUAGGAAACAGAUGAGGUCUGGUGUCUGGUUUGAGGUGGGAACUUGGAACCCAUCCCUGUCUCAUUCCCCUCCCAGAUACUCAGUUUGCCCGUCUGUGAAAUGGGUGUAUUGGGCAGCAUGGCCUUUUCCUAAAGCAUGGCCUUUUCACCUGUUGGUGUCCAGGCAGCUGCUGAGGAUUAGGUGGUGGUGGAGGUUGCUGGCACUGGGGCCUCUACUCCCACAGCUGCUUUUCAUUCUCACCCUGCAAAGGGGUCAGGAUCAAAAUGGGCUCCAGCAGAGCCCAGUGAGGCAGGCAGAGUGGGAAGGGUCACCCCACUUCCAAGGCCAGGAAACUGGGCCUCUGAGAGGCAAAGCUGCUUCAUUGGAAUGAAGAGCCCAGCUGCUCUGGCCUUUCGGGGACAACCUUUGAAAGGUGGAGUCCAGGGCCCUGGAGCUACCACAAAGCCAGGGGCUUUCCCUGAGCCAGGCAGUCCUGGGUGAGAGGUCGGCCCAAAGGAGGAAGUUGUUGGCUCGGGGAACUGGGCCACCACCAGCCUUUCUAGCCUCCGGGUGGACCCAAGUGGACACACUGCCUUUUGUGUCUUUAGGGGUUUUGUUGGUGGUUGUUAGUUUUGUGUUUUGGGAGGAUUUUUUCUUUUCUGUUUUUUUUUUUUUUUUUUUUUUUUUGCACUUGGCCCAUGCCGGACAGUGGGACCCGCCUGGUCAGUUCCACUUUCAGGCUCCCAUGCACUAGCCCAAGGCAGCCUCUUGGGGGCUUGUAUGGUUUAAGGAAUCACUUUUGGAAAAAAAAAAAAAGGAAAGUGUUUAAAGGUUUUUGGUGUUUUUUUUUUCUGUCUGCAUCUCCUCUCAGAUUGAGAAAGCCCAGAAUUAGGGGCUACCACUCCAGGAGAGAGGGAGGGUGUCCCCAUCCUGGCCCUAUCUUAUUGAUAGUUACCAAGACACCAAGAUGGGGACAGGCUGGGUGGAGACCGAGGUACCCAUCUCCCAGGCCUGUGGGGUCACCCCAUCCCGCCUUGAAGGAGUCAGCACCUCACUCCAGCAGUGGGUGAGUGCCUGUUGUUUGCAGAGCUUCAGUUAGGCAAAGGGGGGCUGGUGGUCUAAUGAGGGACCCCUUGCAAGAGGCCACAGUACAAGGAACCAAGGGUUCUGGGGCCUCCCCCUGCUAUUGGGUGGAGUAGAGAUGGAGACUUCUUGUUGGUUUUAAUUUAAAAACGCAAAAGCCUAAAGAAAUGUAUCUUAUAAUUUUUUUUUAAUUUUUGAAAAGCUCAUUUAAUGAAUUGUGCACGAAUGAAUUCUAUAUAUAUAAAAUAUACAUAUAUAGCUCUAUAUUUGGGGAGGGGUGCUAUCUCUUUUUUCUCUCAUUUUAAAAAUGAAGUGUUGUUGCCUUUGUCUGUGGUUCAACCAUCCAGCUCCCAGCUGGCUAAACUUUGCCUCCAGUGGUUCAAGACAGGAAACUAGUGGGGGGAGCGGGAGACCGGAGACGCGGGGCGGGGGCGCCACCCCAGUGCAGGGCUGGGCCUCCGGGCCACCUGCUCCUCUGCCAGAGGUCGCGGGUGGAGAAACGCCUUGUGUGGGCUGUGGGUUUCGGUUCUGUUGUUCUGAAAUCGGUUGUUUCUGGGCCGGGGGAGGGGGGUCUGUGCUACUCUCGUCUUGUAUGUUUUGUUCUGCUGCUCUUCAAUAUCGUAUCAAUGCCAGGAAGGGGGCGCAGAAAGCCUCUUUGGCCCCCCCCAAAUAAAUUGUCACAUUCCGAAGCUAA